AUGAAGUCGCGCACGCCGAGUAGCCGUGGAAGACCUAUACUCGCAAUCGAAGAAGACCAUCAAGAACCGUUGGAUACAGAGGUCAAAAUGGGACCCGAAAGUCAAGCUCCAAAAUCUAUUACACAUCUGCUACAUAUUAAGCGUUUUCUCAAUUUUGUGAAUGAUUUUUCAAACAAAUAUCCAAAAAAUUCUGUUCCACUUAUGACUUUUAAUGUUUUUGAACUUGAUCGAAACACUAUGAGCAAAAAACCAAAUAACUUUUGGAACAUCCUUUUCUUUUUUACCCAAGUUAUGUCUGGUUCAUUGCUCAUCCGCCCUCUUAUGUAUUCUUAUGAGAAAGGUUUAUUCCAGACGAUGGGCGCUAUUCAGCGGUUCCUGAACAAUACCACAGCCCACGGAUUGCCACGGAUAUCGAAAGCACGGAAUCAGAUGGGAAGAGGGUUUUGGGUGUUUGUUUGGUUGGCGUUCUUCUCUGUUUUUUGUUAUCAGGCUGCUCAACUCUAUGCGAAGUUUGUCCAAAAGCACCCAUCGACAAAUGUUAAGGUUAGUUCAAAACACAAAACAAUUAAAUUGAAAUCAACCGAAAUAUCCGUGAUAGAGAUUGAAGCCAAGAGAGUUUCAUUUCUUAAAUUGAGCCUUGUUUUUGUGGUCUACCCAUCAAAAACCUUGAGUUCCAAUUUUUCGACGGAAGUCAACUACUCAACACUCCUAAUGAUAUAG